GGGGGCGCCCGGAGCCGCGGGAUGCCGGUGCGCGGCGCGGCGCAGCUCUCCUGCAGACUCGGGCAGAAAAAGCGACUGCUGGAGGCAGAAGAGCCCGGGAGUGACCUGCACGGAGCCCCGACGCCCUCCCCUACGGAGCCCCGCUUGGGGCGGCCUGCCUCCCCGGGUCCCCAGCGCAGCCUCUACUUCUCAAGCCCAAAAAGCUGCUCUGCACGGCUGGGAUCGGAGUUUUUCGACCAACCCGCUGUCGCCCUGGCACGGGCAUUUCUGGGACAGGUGCUGGUUCGACGACUUGAUGACGGCACAGAGCUCCGCGGCCGCAUCGUGGAGACGGAGGCAUACGUGGGGCCAGAGGAUGAAGCCGCGCACUCUAGGGGCGGCCGGCAGACCCCGCGCAACCGUGGCAUGUUCAUGAAGCCGGGCACUCUGUAUGUGUACGUCAUCUACGGCAUGUACUUCUGCAUGAAUGUCUCCAGCCGAGGGGACGGAGCGUGUGUCCUGCUGCGAGCACUGGAGCCCCUGGGGGGCCUGGAGACCAUGCGGCAGCUUCGAAGCGCCCUCCGCAAGGGCACCGCGGGCCGAGCCCUCAAGGACCGUGAGCUGUGCAGCGGCCCCUCCAAGCUGUGCCAGGCCCUGGCCAUCGACAAGAGCUUUGACCAGCGGGACCUGGCCACCGACACGGCUGUGUGGAUGGAGCGCAGCGCCCCGGAGACCAGUGAGCCUGCCGUGGUGGCGGCUGCUCGCGUGGGCAUCGGCCAGGCAGGAGAGUGGGCCCAGAAGCCCCUGCGCUUCUAUGUCCAGGGCAGCCCCUGGGUCAGCGUGGUGGACAGAGCGGCUGAGCAGAGCGGGCCCUCGGCGAGCGUCUGCUCCCACAAGGCUUUUUAAUUCUGUAAAAACCCAAUAAACACUUUAUGUCUAGAAAA